AUGCGUGCCCUUAUUCUUGUUACCCUGGUGGUUGUGGUCGCUGUGGCCUCCGCCCAAGGACCCGGAGGUCCGUGGGGACCACGUGGACCCGGUGGUCCAGGACGCGGCGGACCAGGUGGUCGAGGACCCCCAGGACGUGGACCAGGAGGACCAGGUGGCCCUGGAGGUCCAGGACGCGGCCCAGGAGGUCCUGGAGGUCCUGGAGGACCAGGAGGUCCGGGAGGUCCAGGAGGUCCGGGAGGACCAGGAGGUCCUGGACCAUGGGGACCACCACCAUGCAACCGAACCACCACCACAGAGGCCUCUACAAGCUCUUCCUCCACCACUCCUUCCUCCACCACCGCUUCCUCCACCACCGUCUCCUCCACCACCGCCUCCUCCACCACGGAGUCCUCCACCGAAUCCUCCACGGAAUCCUCCACGGCUUCCUCGUCGGCAUAA